CUUCGAUUACUACGUUUUACGAGAAACUGGGCAUAAAGCGUAUUUUUAGUAAGAUAGUGAAACUAAGUGAUUAAGCAAGGCAGGUGAAGCCUUACACAUGCCGUUGUGAAACACCCGUACAGACACGGCACGCAGCGGUCGCAGAGCUUGAACCGCGGCCACUCGCUCUCGCGCACCGAUGCCACCUGGUGACAUCACGGGACCGCGGGCAGCAUAGUGCAGUGCGCCGAGUGUGGCACGCGCACGAUGGGCAAUAAGCUAUCGUCGUGCUCCUGCGCGCCCAUCUUGCGCAAGGCGUACCGCUAUGAAGACAGCCCGUGGCAGAACUCACGACGAAGAGACGGACAUUUGCUAAGAUUAUGGGCCGAGGUUUUCCAUGUAUCUGCGAGCGGUGCAGGCACUGUAAAGUGGCAGCAGGUGUCGGAAGAUCUGGUACCUGUGAACAUCACCUGCAUCCAGGACUCGCCCGAGUGCGUGUUCCAUAUCACUGCCUACAACUCUCAGGUCGACAAGAUCCUCGACGUUAGACUACUGCAACCCGGCACUCGAAUCGGGCAGGCGUCCGAAUGCUUCGUGUAUUGGAAAGAUCCCAUGACAAACGACACGUGGGGACUCAACUUUACUUCUCCCAUUGAUGCCAAACAAUUUAGAGAAUGUUGCUCACCGUCAUUCAAAUUCUCCCGCAAGGCUUCAUCGAGCUACAGUCUGAAGCUGGAGCCUCCUGGCAAUAAGCAAAAGUUCAAGGCCAAGAGGAAGCCACUCUCUACGCCUGCCAGUCCCAAUCGAUCAAGUCUGACCUACGGACGUGAGCCGCAAUGCACAUGCAUGACACAAGAACAAUAUGCCCGGCUGAGAGCACAAGAUCCGCGAUAUCGUUCAUCGACUCUGCCACGCACUACAACACGUGCGAUUGAGACAGAUGCGGGUGCUACGGGCACGGCCGGCCGCUCCGACAAGGUUGCUGCGGCCACUUCAUCGACCUCGCUGUACGACAACGUAUCCAACUCGCAGCCUGCUCACCAGCCACCACCAAAACCGGCAUCACGACAAACUGACACACAGCCUCCGACACGACCUCCGAAGUCACAAGAAACAUCGACGAUGACUACCAACACAUCGACUGCACCUAAAACUGUCACUGCUUCAGUGGGAACUCAUGGCACUAAUACGAACGAAGAGACUCAAGCGGGCGGCGGCGGAGCAUCAACACAGCAUAGUCAAGACCUGAAGUCCGAGGGAGUGCAGGCCGGUGGCACUCUCACUUCCUCAAAAUCCUCCGCUACAUCCACACGCUCCGGCAAGGAACACCUUCAACACAUGCCCAAGAGCGUCGACUAUGGAGAUGGAAACGAAUCAGACUGUAUGAAUUUUCAGUCCCGUGAAUCGGACCGGCAUGCAGCUCAUCACCACAACGUGAUCAAUAACAACACAUCAGGAUCACGACGCACCAAGUCCAAGAGUACUGAGGACAUGAAUAUGGACUCGAGCACUCUGAAACGCAUGUUGAAGCCAAUGCCGUCAACAGAGAGCCCGGUAACAUCACCAGAGAUGGGACGGCGACGAUACGGUGGUACAGCUCCGUGCCCGCCAUCUUGCGGAUCACAUGGGCACCGCCACCAACAACACAUGCAUCACGGACACUACUCACACAUCGUCAACAAUAACAGCCGACAGAGCUCACAACGGCGUGGUGUUGGAGUUGGAGCAGCUCCCAGCGGAUACCCUGGUCGUGGCCUGUACCUGGAGUUGGGCGGUGGAGAACGCGACAUGUCACCACCUUCUGAUAACGUGAUGUUUGACAACCAGUGCUACGCCACUACACCGUCAUCAUCAAAUGGCAACUCAGACCAAGAGCCUUGCCAGCGCCGAGAUUCAAGACAACACCAUCAUGGGAAGCCGUGCUUGUCUCGUCAAGCUUCUCAAUCAAGUGCCACACCAGCCCCUGGAUCUCCAACCUCCCGUUUGCUGCUGGAGUAUGAGAUGCACCUGAGGAAUACUCUCGCUAAGGGCAUGGAUGCCGAGAGCUAUAGCUUGCACACCUUUGAAGCUCUACUUAGUCAAAGCAUGGAAGAUUUGGCGGAGUACAACGACAACGUGUCAUCUUCCAAUCAACGAAGCCCCUAUCCACCGAGACGACGACCGACCCAAGAAUCAAUUCUACAGUCUUUGAGACACCUUAAGGAGGCUGCGUUAAGGGACAGAGCAGCGUCACAGUGUUCCGGGGGAGGCAGCCGAUCUUCAACGUUACCGCUACCGCAUCGCCUUGGUGUGGAACGACAGCACAGCGCUAGAUCUGACCGCGAUGGAUAUUACAGCGACCGAAAUGAACUGAUGCGUGAACGUGAGAGGGAUCGGGAGCGCGGCUACCUGAGUGACCACAACUCCAGGGAUAGAGUCCGUGAUCGUGAUCAAGGAUAUCUCAGUGACCACCAAUCAAGUUUCGUGAGCGCAUCCCGGUGCGCUUCAUGCAUCGGUGAGUCAGCCCGCGCGGCGUGGUACCGGCACUCAGACGGGUGGCGCGGAGCUCCUCCUCCCGGCCCACGCCGCUCCCCUUGGGACUCCCUCCCCAGUCUCCGUCAUGAAGGCAGCCUUAACGACUCCGGCUACAGGAGCAACAGGGCUGACAGCUUCGAGCAAAGAGGCGUUUUCGACCGCCAAGACAGUGUUCGUUCGGAAUACACAAGCGAUCGUGAAUCAACGCGAUAUGGAAUUGUUCAGCAAGCUUCGAUUGAUAGCACCGACUCCAGGAUCUGCUACUUGACAUCGAGUGAGAUGCUUGGCUUUUAA